GUCACAUCUAAUAUAAAAUAAUUGACAUCAGUCGCUAUAGAAGAAACGCUUUUUGUCUCUAAUACUAUUACAUAUUUUUGAGAUAUUUCUUAUAUAUGUAUAUGCACAAAAAUGGUUUUGUUCGUUAAUUUUGGUAAUUGUCUGACAAUUACUGUCAUUAUCAGUUUAAACGCGAUUUUGUUCGUCAGUGCACAAUUUGAACUUAAAUUAGUAAAUGUGGUAUUCAGACAUGGCGACCGUACACCCGACAACAAUGGUCGCGAAAUGUUUCCGACCGAUCCGUAUAUAAACUACUCCUUCUAUCCGACAGGAUUAGGACAAUUGACCACUGAGGGCAAGAGACGGGAAUAUAAAUUAGGACAAGUUUUGCGCGACAGAUAUAACGAUUUUCUGGGAGGUAUAUACAGACCGAAUCUCGUUGUGGCUCGCAGCUCCGAUUACGACAGAACGAAGAUGUCCCUGCAACUGGUUCUCGCCGGCCUGUUCCCACCGCGAAGCGUUCAACGAUGGAAUCGGCUUUUACAUUGGCAACCGAUCCCUACGUCGUAUUUAUCACGUGUCGAUGAUAAUCUUAUCUUGGCCGACGAGUGUCCGCAGUACAUCGACGAGUAUAAUCGAGUGUUAAAUUCACCCGCGGCGAAAACGAAAAUCAAUCAAUUCGCGGGUUUGAUGAGAAAUCUGACGAAGCUGACCGGUAAGAAAAUAGAGAGACUCGUCGACCUGUAUUUUCUUUAUCAAACUUUCAUGGCGGAGUCUAGCUUAGGACUGCCUCUUCCCGAAUGGGCAUACGACUAUUUUCCAUAUGGCGGAUUAUUCGACGGGAUUGUGGCCGAAUACGAAAUUACCAAUUUUACUCCUUUAUUAAGAAGACUGUAUUCCGGUCCACUGAUUCGCGCUAUGACGGACAACAUGAUAACCGCGCAGAACUUAGCUUUCCCGAAUACAAAGAUGUACUUGUACAGCGGUCACGAAACCAAUAUCGCGUCGCUGUUGCACGCGUUUGGAGUAUACAAACCGCACAUACCUGAAUAUUCCAGCGCGAUUAUUCUAGAAUUGCAUGAGAUCAAGGGAGAACAUUACGUGAAGCUUUUAUAUUAUCAAGGCAUUCCGCCAAACAUCCAGGAACUUAAAAUCCCGGGCUGCGACAUACUCUGCCCCUUCGACAAGUAUAUGGAUCUGAUCGAGGACUUAAUACCGAUCGACAAGGAAAUGAUUUGUGACAAGAGACAGACUCCGAAUUACGCUGGCACGGAAUAUCCUGCCGGUUUGCGGGACAUUAUGUCCAACGCGAUUGGAACAGUAGUUAACGAAAGACUGCAAUAACACACUCUUAACCAUAUAUGACACGUUAUGCGAGACCAAAGUUUGUUAUAAAAACUGCAAGGGUAAUUUAGUUUUUAAUGUUAGCGUUUUUUUACAGAGAUACAUUUUUUUUACAGAGACACAGAAUCAUUUCAUAUUUAUUUAUUAAAUUGUCACGUUAAACAUUUGUAUUAUGUAUGCGUAUGUACUUAAGAAUAAGUAGAUUUAUUGUAAACAAUAAAAUGUGUAUUAAAAGCAAAA